AUGGAGGGCGCGGGCGAGCGGGCGCCGCUGCUGGGCGCGCGGCUGGCGGCGGCGUUCGCGGGCCGGCGCGUGGCGUGCGGGGCAGUGCUGCUGACCGAGCUGCUGGAGCGAGCUGCCUUCUACGGCAUAACGUCCAACCUGGUGCUGUUCCUGAACGGGGCGCCGUUCUUCUGGGAGGGCGCGCAGGCCAGCCAGGCGCUGCUGCUUUUCAUGGGCCUCACCUACCUAGGCUCGCCGUUCGGCGGUUGGCUGGCCGACGCGUGGCUCGGCCGGGCGCGCGCUAUCCUGCUCAGCCUGGCGCUGUACCUGCUGGGCAUGCUGGCCUUCCCGCUGCUGGCCGCGCCCGCCCCGCGCGUCGCUCUCUGCGGGGCCCUGCGCCCGGCGCGCGUGCUCAACUGCUCAGCGUCCUCCGCCAACGGCAGCGCGGCCUGCCCGGAGGCAGCUACCCGCCACUGCGCGCCCGCCACCUUCGCAGGGCUAGUGCUUGUGGGGCUCGGCGUGGCCACCGUCAAGGCCAACAUUACACCCUUCGGCGCCGACCAGGUUAAAGAUCGAGGUCCAGAAGCCACUAGGAGAUUUUUUAAUUGGUUUUAUUGGAGCAUUAAUUUGGGAGCAAUCAUUUCAUUAGGAGGCAUUGCCUAUAUUCAGCAGAACGUGAGCUUUGUAACUGGUUACCUGAUCCCCACUGUCUGUGUCGGCAUUGCUUUCGUGGUCUUCCUCUGUGGCCAGAGCUUCUUCAUCACCAAGCCUCCUGAUGGCAGCGCCUUCACUGAGGUAUUCAAAAUAUUGACAUAUUCAUGCUGUUCACAGAAGCGAAGCAGAGAACGCCAGAGUAGUGGUGAAGGCAUUGGAGUCUUUCAGCAAUCUUCUAAACAAAGUCUGUUUGAUUCAUGUAAGAUGUCUCGUGGAGGGCCAUUUACAGAAGAUAAAGUGGAAGAUGUGAAAGCUCUGGUCAAGAUUGUCCCUGUUUUCUUGGCUUUGAUACCUUACUGGACAGUGUAUUUCCAAAUGCAGACAACAUAUGUAUUACAGAGUCUUCAUUUGAAGAUCCCAGAAAUUACAAGUAUUACAACCACUCCUCAUACGUUCCCGGCAGCCUGGCUGACCAUGUUUGAUGCUGUGCUCAUCCUCCUGCUCAUACCUUUGAAGGACAAAGUGGUUGAUCCCAUUUUGAAAAGGAAUGGCUUGCUCCCAUCAUCCUUGAAAAGGAUCGCUGUUGGGAUGUUCUUUGUAAUGUGCUCUGCCUUUGCUGCUGGAAUUCUGGAAAGUAAAAGGCUGGACCUUGUUAAGGAGAAAACCAUUAAUCAGACCAUUGGCAAUGUCCUUUACCAUGCAGCUGAUUUGCCGUUAUGGUGGCAGGUGCCACAGUAUGUGCUGAUUGGGAUCAGUGAAAUAUUUGCAAGUAUAUCAGGUCUAGAAUUUGCAUACUCAGCUGCCCCCAAGUCCAUGCAGAGUGUCAUCAUGGGCUUGUUCUUCUUCUUCUCUGGUGUCGGGUCAUUCGUGGGCUCAGGACUGUUGGCACUGGUGUCGGUCAAAGCCAUCGGGUGGAUGAGCAAUCACACAGAUUUUGGUAAUAUUAAUGGCUGCUAUUUGAACUACUACUUUUUCCUUCUGGCUGCUAUUCAAGGAGCUACCCUCCUGCUUUUCCUUAUUGUUUCUGUGAAAUACGACCGUCAGCGAUCAAGAGCAAACGGAGUGCCCACCAGCGGGAGGGCCUGACAUUUCUGAGGUCCAAGGACAGUUCAUUAGACUGUUGUGUCAGUAAAUGUCUGGAAGUGCACUGAGAAUAGGCAAAAUUCUAAGUUGCCGUAAAGUGUCUGACUUUCCUAAAACAUGCAUGUUGCCUGGAUUGGUUUCUUCUUUCCUUCUGCCCCAGUGAACUAGGUAAGUGCCUUCCUGUAUUUAUCUCCUGGCACGCUGGGCCCUCCUGGAGGAGAAAUGCAGAUUUUAAGUAUGUUGCUUCUCAUGAUUAAAGGUCUCUCUGUGAA